GAUGAAAAUUUGUUUGGAGCAGGUUUAACAGAACAACAGUUACAAAUUGCUGAAAUGGGUAAACCACGACUCGGUGAAGUUAAACGAUGUCAAAUUACCGUCAAAGAAAGUAAAGAAUUUCAGAGUGUAAUUGAUCGAAUGUUAAAAAAUGCAAAUGCGUCAUUUAUGCUUGGCACAUCGACAUGGCGUGAGCAGUUCGUUGAAGCAUUGACAGUUAGCGCCGGUGACGAUGAUCAAGAGGAGGAAGACGAAGAAGGUGAUGAAGAAGGUGGCUCCAAAUCAAACGGCAGUCGUCCACCAACAAAGCCAGGAUGUUGCGAUUACUUCAUGCACUUCUUGGCUGUACCGUGGAAAUUAAUUUUUGCAUUAAUUCCACCGACAGAUUACUGGGGUGGAUGGGCCUGUUUCAUUGUAUCCAUCGCUUUGAUUGGUGUUCUGACUGCUUUGAUCGGUGACCUGGCUUCACAGUUUGGUUGCUGGGUCGGUUUGAAGGAUGCUGUUACUGCCAUCUCGUUUGUUGCUCUAGGAACAUCGGUUCCUGAUACAUUUGCUUCAAAAGUUGCUGCAAUUCAAGAUAAAUACGCAGAUUCCUCUAUUGGUAAUGUCACCGGUUCUAAUGGAGUCAAUGUAUUCUUAGGCAUAGGAAUUGCAUGGACUAUCGCAGCGGCAUAUCACAAAUUUGUCAAGGGUGAUGAGUUUCAUGUGGAUCCUGGAACUCUUGCAUUUUCUGUUACCAUUUUUUGUGUCGAAGCGCUUGUGUGCAUUUCCGUUAUAGUGUUAAGGCGGCAUCCAGCUGUCGGCGGUGAGUUAGGAGGACCAAUGAAAUACAAGCUUCCAACGGCAGGUCUUUUUGUAAUAUUAUGGUUCACAUAUCUGGGUCUCUCAGCAUUGGAUGCAUAUUGUAUUGUUGCCGGUUUCUAA